AUGGUGUCGUUGCCAGAUUGGUGUCCGGCCUAUAAUCCGCAAAAGAAGGAUGCAGAGACUGGCGAAGAGGUGUUUUGCAUCUGUAAGAAACCAGACUCUGGGGAACUUAUGGUGGGAUGCGACGGGUGCGACGACUGGUUUCAUUUUUCGUGUUUAAAAAUGCCUACGAAAUACAACGAGCUGGUUUUCUCAUUCUACUGCCCUUAUUGCCAGGCCGGUGUGACAGGGCCGGGAGCCACGGAUGGGAAUCUGCCCAAAACGCUGUGGAGACGAAAAUGUCGGGUUUCAGACUGUUUCAAGCCUGUGGCUGAGAACAGCAAGUAUUGCAGUGAAGGGCAUGCUAUAUCUUAUCUGCGAGGACUGGUGGAUCGCGUGGAAGUCCCGGGCCAUGAAGCAACGCCGGUGCUGCGAGAAAUGCUGCGGGAGCCUGAUUUCGACCAUUUCAAGGGCGUUGGACAAAAUGGCCUUCCCACGCCUUCCGAGCAGCUGGCGCCAGGCCUUUUCUCAAACGACGCACAACUUCAGGAGCUGGAAUCCCAGCUGCAAAAAGUGCGCGGCGGAGCCAAACGGCGGGUCGAGACGCAGUUGGAACAGCUGGCACAGUAUUCAAAAUGGGUACACGCGGUAAACGAACUCUUAUUUGGCGAUGGCAACCAAGAACAUGCGGAAAGUACUUCUGGGUCGCGAAGCAAGGCUUCGCGGGCUCAGAAACGCAAAAAAGCAGUCAAAAAGAAAGCUAUCUGCGGCUACAGCGCCAGUCUAGUUGUGCCCUGUCCCGCUGAGCAGUUUGUGUCAGAAUUCAAGGAAUUGGAAGACGAGCCUACAGAAUUGAGGGGCGUAUGUUGCAAGCUGCGGUGCACCAGACACUUGGACUGGGCUGGAACUCAAGAGAAUGGCCUGCAGUUCCAAUUGGAGUCCUUGGAGUCAUCCGAAGAACGCUUACAGCUGUUGGUGAAAAUUCGCGAAGACCAACUCAAAUUACAAUUUUACAAGAAGUUGACCCAGAUUGACACUACUUCCAUCAAAAUACCGUUGAAGAACGAGUCGUGA